AUGGACCCUGAUGAAGAAGCCAAGCAUAUUUCCUUCACAAGGGACCUCGCUAGUGGAUAUCCUCAAGUUCUGAAUCAUGGUGACUUUUCUAAAACCAAUAUCCUUGCCAAUCCAGACACAUACGAAAUCACCGGCAUUGUCGACUGGUCGCUUGGGCAGUGCAACCUUUUGUUCUGGGCAGUGUCGGGAAUCGAAGAUGAUGAUGGCCUGCACCGGGAGAACAUUCGGUCUAUGGCUGAAGAAGAGGGCAAGAUCGGUGUUAUCUUGCGCUAUGCAUUUGAACGAAAGGCCGAUGGCGGUCCCUCUGACGUGCUAUCGAUUUCCGAUGUCAUGUGGAGGAUGCUAAAGGCAUGGCUUAAUGUGAAAACUACAUAA